AACAAAAACAUCAGUGUGAGUAUUAUAACAUAUUAAUAAUUAUCAAAAUCUAUUCAUUACACGUUCCAAAGACAUAAAUUACAAGUCUUCUCGACUUUUAGGCUGAAAUUGUUAGAUAGCAAUUACCAUAACCUACAAAAGUUGAAAAUGUCUGUAGAAAUAAAUUCAAACACAACUAUUAAAGUUGAACCGAUUGAAUAUCCUCAGGUAAAACAAGAGUUAGAUGAUUAUGAAAUUGAUGAAAUUUGUCCACAGCAAUUUCUAAAAUCAGAGGUUAAGAGCGAGGAGGAUAUAAAGCAAGAAAUCAUCGAUGAGCAAGAUUUUAAACAAGAACCUCAAGUGAAACAAGAGGUUGAUGAUAAUGAACAUACAUCAAAUAUGAGUAUGGAAAAUGAUGAAAUAUGCCUACAGCAAUUUUUAAAAUCUGAGGUUACGGUUGAGGAGGAUAUAAAGCAAGAAACGAUUGAUGUGCAAGACGAUGUGACAAGUUCCAAUGAAAAACCUUACAUAUUUAAUGAAGACAUCAGUAAUUCAACUAAUAUGAGCAAAUUAUUCCAAAUCCUUUCUGGAAAGUGUAUAACAAGCAAUAAUCUAAAGCUCUAUGAUUGUAAAAUAUGUAAUAAAACAUUCCAAAGUGAGGCAGAUUUAAACCAACAUAAAAUGAUUCAUACUGGAGAACGUCCUUUUAGUUGUGAAAUAUGCAAUAAAACAUUCACAUCAAAUUCAAAUUUAAAAGAACAUAAAAUGAUCCACUCUGGAGAACGUCCUUACAUUUGUGAAAUAUGCCAUAAAACAUUUGCCACAAAACGAAAUUUAAAACAACAUAAAGUUAUUCACACUGGAGAGCGACCUUAUGAAUGUGAAAUAUGCAAAAAAUCAUUUUCAGCAAUGAGAGUAUUAAACCAACAUAAGAAAAUUCACACUGGAAAAAGUCAAUUAUUAAAGCAAACUAAACAACAUCUUUAUGAAUGUGAAAUAUGCAAUAAAACAUUCAAAAUGAAGUGGAAUUUGAAACAACAUGAAAGUGUUCACACUGGAGAACGUCCUUAUGAGUGUGAAAUAUGUCAUAAAGCAUUCAAAGACGAGCGGACUUUAAAACGCCAUAAAACAAUUCACACUGGAGAAAAUCCUUAUGAGUGCAAUAUUUGCAACAAAACAUUCCCAAAUAUGGCAUCAUUAAGACUACACGAACUUUGUCACACUGGAGAACGUCCUCAUGAGUGUGAAAUAUGCAAUAAAUCAUUCAGAUUAAAACAAUCAUUAAUUCGACAUAAAGUUAUUCACACUGGAGAACGACCUUAUGAAUGUGAGAUAUGCAAAAAAACAUUUUCAGCCAAGAACAAUUUAUUCAAGCAUAAAAGGCUUCAUACCAAAGAAAGUGUUUGCAAAAUAUGCAAUGAAACAUUUGCAACAAAACAAUGUUUGAAGCAACAUAAAGUUACUCACACUGAAGAAUGCCCUCAUCAGUGUAAUACAUGCAAAAAGAGAUUCAAAUCAAAAUAUUCAUUAACAGAGCAUGAAAUAAUUCACACUGGAGAACGUCCUUAUAGUUGUGAAAUAUGCAAUGAAGCAUUUAAAAGCAAACGUGCAUUAAGAGAACAUGGAACAAUUCAUACUGGAGAACGUCCUUACAAUUGUGAAAUAUGCAAUAAAGCAUUCAGAUUAAAAGUAACAUUAAAACGACAUGCAGUUUUACACACUGGCGAACGUCGUUAUGAGUGUGAAAUAUGCAAAAAGAGAUUUUCACUCCGAGUGACCUUAAAAAAGCAUUUAUCUGUGCAUUCUGAAGAACGCUCUUAUAAUUGUGAAAUAUGCAAUAAAGCAUAUAAAACAAAGUCAGAUUUAAAACACCAUCAAAUUAUUCACACUGGAGAACGGCCUUAUAGUUGUGAAAUAUGCUAUAAAACAUUUGCAUUGAAAAAGACAUUAACACAACAUGGAGCAGUUCAUGCUGGAGAACGUCCUUACAGUUGUGAAAUUUGCAAUAAAGCAUAUGCAUUAAAAAGUGCAUUAAGACGACAUGUAAAAGAACUACAUGAUGAAGUAAGAAAAGAUUCAACAAUGAAUUUGCCGGAAACUGUGAAACAAGAAUUAGAUGAUUAUGAAAUUGAUGAAAUUUGUCCACAGCAAUUUCUAAAAUCAGAGGUUACAGUUGAGGAGGAUAUAAAGCAAGAAAUGGUUGAUGAGCAAGAUUUUAAACAAGAUUCUCAAGUGAAAGAAGAGGUUACGAUUGAGGAGGAAACAAAGCAAGAAAAGAUUGAUGUGCAAGAUGCUGCGACAAGUUCCAAUGAAAAACCUUACAUAUUUAAUGAAGACAUCAGUAAUUCAACUAAUAUGAGCAAAUCAUUCCAAAUCCUUUCUGGAAAGUGUACAACAAGCGAUAAUCUAAAGCUUUAUGAUUGUAAAAUAUGUAAUAAAACAUUCCAAAGAGAGGCAGAUUUAAACCGACAUGAAAUGAUUCAUACUGGAGAACGUCCUUUUAGUUGUGAAAUAUGCAAUAAAACAUUCACAUUAAAGUCAAAUUUAAAAGAACAUAAAAUGAUCCACUCUGGAGAACGUCCUUACAGUUGUGAAAUAUGUCUUAAAACAUUUGUCACAAAACGAAAUUUAAAACAACAUAAAGUUAUUCACACUGGAGAGCGACCUUAUGAAUGUGAAAUAUGCAAAAAAUCAUUUUCAGCAAUGAGAGUAUUAAAACAACAUAAUAGAAUUCACACUGGAGAAAAUCAAUUAGUAAAGCAAACCAAAGAACAUCUUUAUGAAUGUGAAAUAUGCAAUAAAACAUUCAAAAUGAAGUGGAAUUUGAAACAACAUGAAAGUGUUCACACUGGAGAACGUCCUCAUGAGUGUGAAAUAUGCAAUAAAUCAUUCAGAUUAAAACAAUCAUUAAUUCAACAUAAAGUUGUUCACACUGGAGAACGACCUUAUAAAUGUGAGAUAUGCAAAAAAACAAUUUCAACCAAGAACAAUUUAUUAAAACAUAAAAAGCUUCAUACAACUCGGUAUACCUAAAAAUCGCAUUUGAAAGUAGAUAAGUAUGGCCAUGCAUUUGUUUAUUAUAUCUCUUGUAACAUUAAAAAUAAGAAUUUAAUGUU